CUGUCCACGGCGGAUAUACACAGUCCUACAAGCCGCCAGUGGAACUCCAUCUAAGGAUCGACGCACUCCGAGUCUGCCGCCACAGACCAACAAGCACACAACCCGUCCGAAAUGGCUGACCAACUAACAGAGGAGCAAAUUGCAGAGUUCAAGGAGGCUUUCUCCUUAUUUGACAAGGAUGGCGAUGGAACCAUCACCACCAAAGAGCUGGGCACCGUGAUGAGGUCGCUGGGCCAGAACCCCACAGAGGCCGAGCUGCAGGACAUGAUAAACGAGGUGGAUGCUGACGGUAACGGAACCAUCGACUUCCCAGAGUUCCUCACUAUGAUGGCCAGAAAAAUGAAGGACACGGACAGCGAGGAGGAGAUCCGUGAAGCCUUCCGAGUAUUUGACAAGGACGGGAACGGCUACAUCAGCGCUGCGGAGCUCCGUCACGUCAUGACGAACCUGGGGGAGAAGCUUACAGAUGAGGAGGUGGAUGAGAUGAUCAGGGAAGCGGACAUUGACGGGGACGGACAGGUCAACUACGAAGAGUUUGUACAGAUGAUGACUGCGAAGUGAAGCUUGCCUGCCCCAUCCCGCCCCUCUUAGAAGAAAAAGAUUAAAAAUGAAUAAAAAAAAAAUGUUUUACUUACCUCUUGAAAAAAAAAAAGUUCAUUUAUUCAUACUGUUUCUGUAUAGAAAAUAAUUGAAUGUUGAAAUAUCCUUCUGUCCACACAGAAAAUAUAUAAAAAUGUACAAAAAAUGUCUGCAUGAAAAAUGGUUAGUGAUCCCCCUCUCCCCCCAAAGAUCAGUUUAGCAUCAGUAAAGAUAACGAUCCCUGUAACCUUCAGACUCGAAGCAUUUGGCGAAUCCUUCCAGUUCCAUUUGCUAGUGGUAAAUGUCCGGGGCUCGCCGUCUCUUCUUUCUGUUUUCUGUUCUUCAUGCAUGCAGCUUGAGACCGGAGCACUACCCCCCC